AUGAUCUAUUUGCUUUUCUAUGUUGAUGACAUCAUUAUUACAAACAACAACUCCUCUCUUCUUGACACCUUUACCUCCAAGCUCAAUUCCGAGUUCACCACUAAAGAUUUGGGUUCACUCAGUUACUUUAUCGGUCUUGAAGCUACACCUACCACUGAUGGUCUCUUUAUCAGUCAGCUGAAGUAUGCACGGGACAUUCUCACACGAGCUCAGUUACUUGAUAGCAAACCAGUCCACACUCCCAUGGUUGUUUCCCAACAUCUGUUUGUUGAUGGUCCUCUGUUUUUGGAUCUCACACUGUUUUUGGAUCUCACACUUUACAGAUCUCUUGUUGGUGCUCUCCAGUAUUUGACCAUCACACGUCCUGAUAUUGCUCAUGCCGUUAACUCUGUUAGUCAGUUCCUUCAUGUCCCGAUUGAAGAUCAUUUUCUUGCUGUCAAACGCAUUGUUCGUUAUGUUAAGGGCACACUGCAUUUUGGUCUCACUUUUCAUCCAUCUGUUGCUCCUGGUGCUUUAGUUGCUUACUCGGAUGCAGAUUGGGCAGGUUGCCCUGAUACUCAUCGUUCUACAUCUGGAUAUUCUAUUUAUCUUGGUGACAAUUUGGUUUCUUGGAGUGCCAAGAAACAACCUACUGUUUCUCGCUCCAGUUGUGAAUCUGAGUAUCGUGCCUUGGCUCUCACUGCUGCCAAACUUCUUUGGCUCACGUAUCUUCUUCGUGACCUCAAAGUCUCUCAUGCACACCAACCUCUUCUACUAUGUGACAGCAAGAGUGCAAUCUUCUUGAACUCUAAUCCCGUUUCUCACAAACGGGCCAAGCAUGUUGAGCUCGACUACCACUUUCUCCGUGAACUUGUUUUUGCUAGCAAGCUUCGCACUCAAUAUGUGCCUCUCAUUUGCAGGUUGCCGACAUUUUCACUAAAAGUGUGUCACGACCUCUUUUUGAGUUCUUUCGCUCCAAACUUCAUGUCCGUUCCAAUCCGACGCUCAGCUUGCGGGGGGUGUUGA